AUGCAAUCGAACGGCCCUGAUUCGUCGGUGCAGCAGCAGGAGCAGAGUAAUCAACGGCCGCAGCAGCAGCAGCAAGCGGCGCAGACUCAGCCGCCGCCGCCGCAGCAGUGGAUGGCGAUGCAGUACCCGGCGGCGGCUAUGGUAAUGCAGCACCAGAUGAUGCCGCCUCAGCAUUACGCGACGCCUCCUCCGCCGCCACCUCAGCACUACAUGGCGUACCACCAGUACCAGCAGCAGCAGCAGCACGUACAACACCUUCAGCAGCAGCAGCAGUUGGGAUCUAGCGGCGAGAAUAAGACCAUCUGGGUCGGUGAUUUACACCAUUGGAUGGACGAGAAUUAUCUCCACACCUGCUUCGCUUCCACUGGCGAGAUUGCCUCCAUCAAGGUUAUUCGGAAUAAGCAGACUCUUUUAUCAGAGGGCUAUGGAUUUGUAGAAUUUUUUUCACAUGCAACAGCUGAGAAAGUUCUACAGACCUAUACUGGCAUUUUAAUGCCCAACACAGAACAGCCCUUCCGUCUGAACUGGGCAACAUUUAGCACGGGCGAUAAGCGUUCAGAUAAUGCUCCUGAUCUUUCCAUUUUUGUAGGAGAUUUAGCUGCAGAUGUUACAGAUAGUUUAUUGCACGAAACUUUUUCUAGUAAAUAUCCGUCUGUUAAAGCUGCAAAAGUUGUCUUUGAUGCCAAUACUGGCCGUUCAAAGGGUUAUGGUUUUGUGAGGUUUGGAGAUGAGAAUGAAAGGUCACAGGCUAUGACUGAAAUGAAUGGUGUUUAUUGUUCGAGCAGACCUAUGCGCAUUGGGGCUGCAACUCCUAGGAAAUCAUCUGGAUAUCAACAACAGUACUCUUCACAAGGGGGAUAUGUUUCAAAUGGUACACCAACCCAAGGGUUCCAAUCUGAUGGAGAUUCUACAAACACAACAAUAUUUGUUGGAGGGCUUGAUCCUAAUGUUACCGAUGAAGAUCUCAGGCAGCCCUUCUCUCAGUAUGGAGAGAUAGUCUCUGUUAAAAUACCUGUUGGAAAAGGAUGUGGUUUUGUACAAUUUGCUAACAGAAAUAAUGCUGAGGAGGCAUUGCCGAAACUGAAUGGCACAGUAAUUGGCAAGCAAACAGUCAGACUUUCAUGGGGCCGCAAUCCGGCAAAUAAGCAGCAGUUUAGAACGGAUUUUGGCAACCAAUGGGCCGGAGCUUACUAUGGAGGACCUGUUUAUGACGGUUAUGGUUAUGCUCUGCCACCACAUCAUGACCCAAGCAUGUAUGCUGCAGCCGCGGCUGCAUAUGGAGCCUAUCCUGUUUAUGGCACCCACCAACAACAAGUAAGCUGA